UAGAUGGCAGCAUAUGAGCAACGAUUUAGGUUAGGUUGUUCGCCUAGGAAAAAACGGUACUUCAUUAGCAGUUCAAUUUUUCCUCCGGUUCGAUUUUUUUGUAGUUGUCGGUGGAUUUCAAUCGGUGCUGAAGUAAUUGGUGACAGUUGAAAAAUGCUGAUAAAAGUGAAGACUCUCACGGGAAAGGAGAUUGAGAUAGACAUAGAACCCACAGACAAGGUAGAGAGGAUUAAAGAGAGAGUGGAGGAGAAAGAGGGAAUACCACCGCAGCAGCAGCGAUUAAUAUUUUCUGGCAAACAAAUGAACGAUGAGAAGACGGCACAGGAUUACAAAGUUCAAGGCGGUUCAGUGUUGCAUUUGGUGCUUGCAUUGAGAGGAGGUUACACAUAUGACAUUCCUCAUUUAUAAACCAUUGAUGAAAGAUAUUAAGGAAUUGUGGAAGCUAACGAGAGAAGGAAAAAGUGAAGAAUAAUGUUUACGGACUGACUUAUGCGCAUCUUACGCUCCCAAGGAGUGAUCUAUGUUAUUCUAUAUGAUGUAGAAUAACGCAGAGAAUCCCUACACAUUUAAAAACUUAAAUAAAUAUUUAAUAAAGUAAUUUAGUCAUGAAUGAUAAGUGUAUUUCAUAUAAAUAUAAAAUAAUCUUUCUCAUGUGAUGGACACAAUAUGCGAUUCUCGUUCUUAUUCUCCUAUUAUUCUUAUAUCACUCACGAUAUGAUCUUACGAAUUAUUUUAGAAUGCUGAUACAAGAUAAUGCGAUGCACAAUCUCAGAUUGGCAUGUAGCGUUAAAAAUAAUUUUAAUCUUAAAAAGACGACAGGAGGGGAAACAUUAAUGUAAUCUAUUGUUAAUACAGUAUAAUAAUGAAUAUACAAAGUACAGCAAGUGAUAUAAAGGAGACUCUAGAAGCAAAUCACAGUGCAUCAAAGUAAAAAGUAAAAAGCAGUAAUUUGUGUCGUUGAAUUUAGAAACUUAUAAUUUCGCAAGAAAUGAUUCCGGUACGAGAAAAAUACGCGAGACCCGACCCGAAUAUUGUAGCGUUUAAACUAAAACCCACUCUUUUUACGAUUAAUAAAUAUUCUGUAUG